GGGCCACAGUGAAGGGAGUGGGAGAGAAACCUCUCACCGGGAAGCGGAGAAAUCAAGUCGGAACAGUUCCGACCUCGUCGCAAUGGGAGCAGCCCCGCUCGCAUAAGAAUGUAGCGAAUACUUUGCAACAACAACACACGUCGUCUUUUUGCUAUUGUCAUACAGGCGCAUCGAUGUAGUUCUAAAGAAGAUAGUUACUCCCCCUAAAAAAAAUACGUUUUAUUAUAUCAAGAUGCAGCCAUAAACUUUUCCCGCGAGGUGGAAGUUGAUUCUUGAGUUUUCUUCUCCAGUCCAGCUGCUCCUGUCGGGAUGGAAAGCAGCGCUCCGUAGGACGAGAGAUGGGGAAAUGGGAGCUGACGAUGAACCCAGUGCAGGAGUGGGGUGAGGAGUUCGAGGACGGCGCGGUUUAUGGGGUCACUCUGCGCCGGGAGCCCGUGCCCUCCGACCCUGACCCCAUCGAGGAGAAUCCGUGCUGUGCUUUCGUGCAUUACCGAACCUGCAAGGUGCGGCGUCUGAAGGCCGCUACCCUGGAGCUCCUGGUAAACCAGCUCUUUGACCCCGGCAGCCAGGAGCAGGACUACGGCAGGAUCUUCCUCUCCACCUACAGAACCUUCACCGGUACCUCAAAGCUCAUAGAGUUGCUGUUUCAGAGAGACAAUGCUGUCUCUGAUGUGGACAACGGUGAAUGCUACAGUAGCCCUCUGUUGGCCUUUGUCCAGACAUGGUUGGAUGAGUACAGUGAGGACUUCAGGGAUCCUCCUUUGCACCCGGCACUCAGGCUGCUGUUGGAUCACCUGAGGAUCAGCUCUGCAGUUCACAACAAUAUGCGCAGUCAGCCCAACUUCAGCUUGCUGGCAGGGCAAGCUGAAGCACUGCUCAAGAGGUUCCAGAGAGAAGCAGAAACCGAGACAAAUGUUCAUCCCGCCCCGGCAGACACGGAGCAAGAUGAGGAGGGUUCUGGCGAUGAGGAUUCAGGAUCGGAACACUCUCCGGAUCCAAGUGGCAUCAUGGAUUUCUCCGCUGCAGCCAUUGGCGAACAGCUCACCCGAACGGACUCCGCUCUGUUUGUCAAAGUGGUGCCAUACCAGUGUCUGGGCUGUGUGUGGUCGCAAAGAAGCAAGAAGGAAAACAUGUCGCCAACCAUCCGAGCCACCGUUACACAGUUCAACGCCAUCACCAGCCAAGUCAUCAUGUCCCUGCUCUGCCAGCCGACAGAUGCCACCUCCAGCCCCACUCCCUCCCGCCUGCCUCCCACUACACCAGCUCAAAGGGCCCGCAUCAUAGAGAAGUGGAUCCGAGUAGCCCAGGAUUGUCGUCGGCUAAAGAACUUCUCCUCUCUCAAGGCGAUCCUGUCGGCCCUUCAAUCUAACGCCGUUUACAGGCUAAGGAAGACCUGGGCUGCUGUCAGCAGGGAUAGUAUGGCCACGUUUGAUAACCUCUGGGAAACCUUCCCUGAUGAGAACUGUGUUCUGACCAACAGAGAGAUCCUGGUAGAGGACGGAGGCCAAGCGACCACGGAUAAAAUUUCUCCAAAGAUAUCCAAGCAAUGUCCGAUGCCAAGACAGAUGAGCACCACCAAUGGAUCGGUUCCUUACCUGGGCACCUAUCUGACCGUCCUCACCAUGCUGGACACUGCUCUGCUGGACACAGUGGAGGGUGGCCUCAUAAACUUUGAGAAGAGGAGGAGGGAGUUUGAGGUCCUGUCACAGAUCCGUGUGCUGCAGGCGUCCUGCUCCCAGUACAACCUGCCCCAUCACCCCAGAAUCGCUGCCUGGCUGCGGGGACACAAGCUGCUCACCGACCAGGAGAGCUAUGAGCUGUCCAGACAGCUGGAGCCUCCGGUGGACGUGUGUUCGCCGACUCCCUGGAGCCACCGCACACUCUCAAAGAAGUUCUCCUCUCUCCUGACGGUGAGCGACGGCUCUAAAAAGGUCCCCGCUGACCAGAUCAGCGUCUCCUCCUCGGGGUCCAGCGGCUCCGAGAUGGAGGAUCCGUCCUCCACCGGCACGGCCUGCUCCCUCAGACUGCAGUGCUUCCACAGCUCUUGCAACAAUGUGUCCGAAGCCUUCUCUUCCUCCUCAUCCUCCCCUUGCUCCUCCGCCGCUUCCUCUCCAGACUUCCCCACGCCUUUCAGCUCCUCCUCCUCCUCCUCCGCCUCCUCCUGCCGAGCUGACCUCUGCUCUCCAGCCACGUCCUGCGGCGCCGCUCCCCCAAAGCCCACGCUGGCCUCCCACCACAAGCGCUCCGUGUCCAUGACCUCGCUGCCUUUGUAUAACCGCCAGGUGGCCGACUCCUGUAUCGUACGGGUGAGCGUGGACCUCGGCCACAACAACGGCAACAUGUACAAAAGCAUCCUGUUGACCAGCCAGGACAAAACGGUCCAUGUGAUCCAGCGGGCUCUGGAGAAGCAUCACCUCGAGCACAUGAGCUGGCAGGACUUCAGCCUGACUCAGGUCUUCUCUCAGGAACGAGAGUUGCUCAUACCCGACAAAGCCAACGUCUUCUAUGCCAUGUCCACGGUGUCCAACUUUGACUUUGUUUUGCGGCAGUUCCCCAAAGGCCAGAAGAAACCGCUGAGGGCCACGUCCAGUCUGGGACAGUACACAAAGUAGCACCUCUGGGUACAUGAGCAUGUGGGACUCUCCUCCAAGAAUGGUCUUUUAUUUCUCAGUCGUUUUUAUAAGAAGAAAAUCUCCUCCAAGACAGUCCAUCUUUCUCCUGUUGGACACCAAAGAGGAAGAAAUGUGACGUGUAUUUCAUGGGAAGAGGAUGCAAAAGCACUUUAUGAAGGAGAACGCUCUCACAGAAUGAACCUGGUGCUAUCUGUGGAGUGCGUGUGUGAGGGGGGAGGCGUUCUCGCCAGGGAUCGCCGUGGGCCCGGCUUCCUGCCAGCAACACUGUGAUCCUCAUCGUGUGAGACGAGCAGCCCCGACUGGAAGGGUGGCAUUCCUGAGUCUGGGAGGGGAGUAACCAUGGCAGCAGCAGCAGAGAGACAUUUGAUGGAUAGACGGACUGGAUGCACACGGUCAAAUGUCUCGAUAAGAGGACAAUAGGGGGGAAUGGAGUUUCUCUUUUUCUGAUGUUUCGUAUUUAUUUUCCACUGUGGUUCUUUAUGAUUGCAUAUUCAUUUGAUUCAGCUUCGACCAGUGAGGUAAUCAUUUUAGAGACGCCUUAUUUACUGAUGACUUCUGAGGAUAUUUGAAAUGUUAAUGACAUAUUGAUAUUUAAAAAACAAAAAUGUAAAAACACUUAAUUUUAUUAAUUUAAUUGUUUUCAUUUUAAACUUUAAAUUAUGUUAAAAGUAUUCGGUUCAGACAUGUGUACCGUGGAGAUUGGAAGUUUCGAUUUUAAUCGUUUUAAUGACGUCAACUGACGCCAAGACUCUCGUGAGACAGCUGAUAUGGAUCAUAUUUCAGACAGUUGGUGCACUGAGGACUCUUUGCAAAGAGGAGGAGUUGAAGGAGGCGUAAAAUCCCAGGUUUCAGGCUAUGAACGUCCCCCUCGGAGCCUUGCUCAAAGGCACAGAGGAAAGAAAAGGACCUCUAUCUCCACUGUCCAUGCAGAUUUGGGGCGUUGAGACGGUCCAACAUAACAAACUAUGCUAUUCACAACUCUUGUGAUCCAGGAAGUAAGUCUUCAUAGAAACCACCAGGACUGAAACAGGGUUAAACCUGGUGGUUUCUAUGAACCACAGUGUAAUUCAUGGGUUAAGGUUCCUUAUUGCAAUAUCAACAUUCCAGCACUCCUUCUCAUGUGCACUCCUUGUCACAGGUGGACAAUGAUGUUGUUUUUGUGUCAUAUAAGAGCUCAAGAUAUUUGGGAAACCAACGCAAAUUGUAACAGCCCUGAAUUAAUUAAUUAAUUAUUAUAUUAUAUAAUAGACAUUUGAGUAAAUGUCUUGUUUUUGUAUUGAACUUCAAAUAUAAUACAGUUUAGGCCACAGAACAUGAUAUACA